UUGGCCUGCAAGGGUUUGUCAGCCUGUUAAAUUGUAUUUAGGCAUAUGCUGUGUUGCGUUGAUGCUAAGUUGCAGAGAGACUUUGGUAACUUUGCCAAUGCCUGGUGUUCCCCAUAUUCUCCUUUGACUUCUCGACAUCCCUUCCGCUUGCUGCCAUCUCGCCUCUUAAACCUCCCCUUUCUCCUCCCGGGUCUCCCCUCAGACAAGUACGCAGUCCGCUUUAUCCCCCGCGAGAACGGCAUCUACUCCGUCGACGUCAAGUUCAACGGCAGCCACAUCCCCGGCAGCCCCUUCAAGAUCCGUGUCGGGGAGGUGGGCCAGACCGGAGACCCAGGGAUGGUUUCUGCCUAUGGCCCCGGCUUGGAGGGCGGUGUGACAGGGAAUCCCGCUGAGUUCAUCGUCAACACCACCAACGCGGGUCCUGGGGCGCUGGCGGUCACCAUCGACGGUCCCUCUAAGGUGAAGAUGGACUGCCUGGAGUGUCCGGAAGGCUACAAGGUCAUCUACACACCCAUGGCACCGGGCAGCUACCUCAUCUCCAUUAAGUAUGGCGGCCCGUACCACAUCGCCGGCAGCCCCUUCAAGGCCAAAAUCACAGGUGCCCGCCUGGUCAGCAGUCACAGCCUCCACGAGACGUCCUCCGUCUUCAUGGACAGCAUCCCCAAGGCCGAAGGAGCGGCGCCCAAGUUUGCCUCCGAUGUCAGCAAAGUGGUGGCCAAGGGGCUGGGCCUCAACAAGGGCUUUGUGGGACAGAAGAACUCCUUCACGGUGGAUGGCAGCAAAGCAGGUCGGUCGGCUCCUCUUGUCGCCUUUGCGUUCUUUAGGACACCAAAAUGAAGUUUCUAGUCCUUGGUGAUCAGCAGAGCUUUAGAAAGGUCGGGGUCCAGGUCGGGGGUCCCCAGCGUUGUGCCCGUAGGUAUCACGGCGCACCUUUCCCGGAGCCCGCCAAGUU